CUCUCAGGAGCAGAGAGGCUUUUCAGGAAGCUAUCAGUCAUGACUGUGAGCAGUGAGACAGAAGCAGGACACGGAGCUGGCUGCAACACCUCCUCUCCUCUCUUUUGAAACUUCAACCAACAACCCAGGCUCAAUGGACUUUGUAUUAUGGUUGCAUGAAAAACGUACUGGAGUUCCAUUUGAUGGCUUUGCAAUAACAGGAACUGGAUUUUGUGGAGAAGAAAAUGCAGUUUGACUGGAUUAUAUGUGGAUGAAAUGAAGUUUUUGGAGAAUUUAUGGUCGCAGUUUACUGCAGUGAAUUUUUUUUUUUUUUUGAUUUCUUUGAAUGCCUGGUGUAAUUUUCUUAAACGCGCACAGAACUAGAGCCUCCUCCUGUUAUGGAGAACCUCACCAUGGAUAACAUGACUGUGGAGAAUGACACGUCGGUGCAGGACAAUCAGACCCUGGGUGUUUGGACUGACUACACAGUUGAAUACAAAGUGGUCAGCGUGUUUUUGGUGUCCCUCAUAUGCGGGGUGGGGAUCGUGGGCAAUGUGAUGAUCAUAAUGGUGGUCCUGACCACCAAACACAUGCGGACUCCCACUAACUGUUACCUGGUGAGUCUGGCCGCGGCUGACCUGAUGGUCCUGACGGCUGCCGGGCUGCCCAACAUCACCGACGCUCUGUGCGGACAAUGGGUGUUCGGCUACGUGGGCUGCUUGGGGAUCACUUAUUUCCAGUAUCUGGGAAUAAACGCGUCCUCUUGCUCCAUUACAGCAUUCACCGUGGAGCGCUACAUCGCCAUCUGCCACCCCAUCAAAGCGCAAUUCCUGUGCACUUUAUCCAGGGCAAAAAAGAUCAUAAUGCUGGUUUGGGCGCUCACCUCUGUCUACUGCGUCAUGUGGCUCUUUCUGUCAGACACUACAAAGUUGGCUUAUGAUAACGUGGUGCUACUCAGCUGCGCCUACAAAGUGUCCAGGAGCCACUACCUGCCCAUUUACUUUACAGAUUUCGCGGUGUUUUACGUGCUGCCUCUCAUGCUGGCCACGGUUAUGUACGGACUGAUCGCCCGGAUACUUUUCCUAAACCCGCUGCCUUCAGAUACCAAGGACAGCACCAAGAAGUGGAAGAAGGAGACGGGUCAGCGAGGGAGGGUAAUCAGCAGCUCCUCCAGGAGCACCACGGCUUCCUCCCGCAGACAGGUGACGAAGAUGCUGGCUGUGGUGGUGAUCCUCUUCGCCUUACUUUGGAUGCCCUACCGGACCUUAGUGGUGGUCAACUCCUUCCUGGACAAGGCCUACUUGGACACCUGGUUCCUGCUCUUCUGCCGUCUCUGCAUCUACCUAAACAGCGCCGUCAACCCGAUCAUCUACAACGCCAUGUCCCAGAAGUUCCGCGCAGCUUUUAAGAAGUUGUGUCACUGCGGCCCUCAGCGUAUGGAAAAACCAGCUUCUUACAGUGUGGCGCUAACCUACAGUGUCAUCAAGGAGAUGUCUAACGGGGAAAGUCCUGACCACUUCACUACAGAAAUGGACGAGCUAAACAUGCCUACAGAUCAGUACUUACCGGCCAGCAUCCUGCCAAGUGCCAAGAAAAUGCCGUUCGAGAAGCCUUCCCUAUUGGGAGUGAUGUCAAAGCCUGAUUAAAACAACCUUUCCACCUAAAAAGGAUAGCAGAGAUUCUGACAGCUGGAGUAUGGAUUCAGUCACCCAUGGAAUAUUAGAGAAGAUUCAUUUUUAUUAAUUAAAAGUACCCAGACACUUCCAAUUAAAUUUCUCCAAGGUGUUUUCUCUAGGAAAUGUUUCUUUUAUUUCACACGACCAUUUGCCAAAAGCCAAAUAGUAUGCUAUGAGAUGAGCUGACAUAUAGGCCUUUCAGCAUUUUGUACAAAAUAAGUGAAGGGAGCUUUAAUCAAUCUUGCAAAAUACAGUUUAUUGAUACAUCAAUACAGCGGCCAUUCUCAGCUCUGCAGGAAAGCCUCUGCCCAUGUCUUAUUUGUCUGAAAAACCGGAAACAUUAGCUAUUAAUGCAGGAUGUUAUGUACCAAAUCCUUGUGAUAUAACGCAGAGACCCCUUUAUAUAAACACUGACUUAAACUGUUGCAGGAAAAAGGUGCAUGAGAGCAAUUAAUGUCAUCAAACUGCUUCAAACAAAAAGAACCAGACUGUGUUAAACCAAACACUACAAUACGUCACACUUAACAGUGGAGAUGUUUCAGGAGUGUAUAUCACCCGGCCAAGUGAUAUGUCAAAACAUUUCAUCACAAUACUUUUCAAUCUAUAUUCAUCAAGAUAUAAAAUUACCAACAAGUGUGUAAGCUGCAGAAAGAUCUAUUUAAAUUAAUAAAUGAUACUAAAAUAAACAAUCUUCAGUCCUGUCAGCAUGUUCUCAAGUGUGAAAAUGUUUACAGCCAUGGAGGUUAUAUCUUGGGUCAGUUGCUUCAUCAGUUAAAAUAGUAAUGUUGCAGUUUGUUGCAGGGGUACUCCUCUGACAACCUCGUUACUCGUUAAUGUGGGUGGGUCUAAUUACUGGUAAGAGAUCAGAUGGUGAUGCUUUAGGUUUAACUUAGUUCCUGGUAUUUCCUAUCCUUGUUGACACCAAUGUUUGACAUUGUUAACAGUAUGGACUUUAAGUUACUGUACAUUGGCCUAGCCCUGUUUGGGACUUUAAGUAGCCUAGUAAAGCCACACCACUGACGUUACCUCGUUUAUCCACAGCAGCUCUUUACCUUUAAGGGUGUGACUGCUGAGCUGUCACUUUCUGUACUGACACAAAAAAAUGUCAUCCUCAAAGGACAUGCUCCUCUCUCCCGCCAAAAUAUUGCGUGCGAUGUGUUUAGCUAACUCAACCAACUCUGCUGUGUCUAUCUCGGUAAAGUAAAUUUCUAAAAUAGUGCCAUAUGACCAGGACACCAGGGGAGCGUCUACCUGCAUCGCCAUCAGUUUGCUCCCAGUAACUCCAAAGUUUUCUUAUAUUAUUAAUAUUAUUAUUAUUGUGUCGUAUUAGCUGUCUUGCUAACAGGACUUCACGCAGUCACUAGGGCUAACGUCAAGCUAGCUGCUGAUGGUCAGUAAAUACCUCCAAACUGUAGGCUUGCUGCUUAUUUCGUUUUCUAGAUGUAACCAGUGGAUGUUUCAACCUGUUUUUUAAAAAGCACAGAUAAACUAGGCUGAGUAACAAGUAGGGAUGCAACGAUUAGACAUUUUGUUGGGAUGAUUAUAGUCUGAGGAAUAGUCACGGUUUCACAAUCACAAUUAUUAUGCAUUAAUUAAUUUAACAACACUAGUAAUGACUUAAGUUGAUUUUUAAUAUUUAAUUACAUUGACAAUUAUAUUUCUAUAAUAUGUAUUAUUGAUAUACAUAUGGUGCGUGUUGCUCAACAUAGCAACAAACCGCCUUGGUGUGGCACAAGUCACUGAAAAUAAUGGGUUUCAUAACGGUGCUGUUGGUGCGGUGGGUCUGAAGUUACACCUGCUUUUUUUGUUUACGUUGCACUGAAAGCCCAAACUCUCACCACUAUAGCAUCGAUUGUAAGUGACAUGUUUAUAUUUAAUUCCCUACCAACUUGCCAUGUUAUUUUACUCAGUCAUUAUGUAUUACCUUUACUUGGCCGUGCAAAGCUGGGUGGUGAUCUUGCAGGUGCUGCAUCCCUAUUAACAAGUAAUCUAAAAAAUUCUAAUUACUUGCCUUUGAGUAACAAGUAAAUUAGCAUAACUAAUUUUUAAAAUGAAUAAUAUUUAAUGUGUAAAUCAUGAUAAUAAAUAAUAAUGUGUACAAUUUUAAAAGUAGGUUAGAUUUACUUUAGCUUUGUUUUUGUGAUUGGGUUACGUUGUCAAGCAAUCUAAUUUAUCUAACUACAGUAUAUCAAAGUUUCUAAUUUUCUUAUCAAGGAAAUGGAGAGGAUACAAUGGCACCCAGGUUUUACAAGCAAGUCUUUCCUCUUUGUUCAUGUACCUCACCACCAGAAACCAUGUAAUCAUGCUACUAGAGAGAAAGCCCAAAUUUGAAUUGCACAACCUUUUGAAAAGGUCAGAGUAAAGAACAGAACAGAUAUCACAGACACUCACUGAAAACCUGCUGUGUCAGUUUAGUAAUUAAUUUAAAAUCUCAUUACCUCUAAAUGUUUCUGCAGAGGCAUUAGUCUUAACAGUGACAGACACACCAAAGCCUUAUGUUGCUUUGGUAACUGUGAAGAAGAUCACAGUGGACUCACAGUGGAGCCUGUGAAGGUUAGUGGCCAAUAUAUAUAAUAAUGAGGGAGAAAUGUGUAACCCUGAUGUGCAGACCGAGAGGCUGUUCUUCAAAGGGUCAGAUAACUGUGGUGGCAGUAAUUCACUGCAGACUGCAGAGUAAAUCACUUUCCUAUGAUUUAUCUACUCAGCAAAUGCCACAGAGAAAUAAUGGAACGUGUAAAUAGAUUGCGACAAAGUGCCAUACUUACGUUGGCGCAAUCCACAGUAUGUACACCUUGCUAUUAAAAGAAGAAUUUUAUGCUGUUUGUUUGAGCUACGUAUAUGUUUAAAUUGAAGAGCACUCAGAGGGAAUGAAUACUGAUUGAACUUAAUGAAAGGGACCAGUUUCAUACCGAGCAGCCGGCUUUUUUGUCCAUACUGUAAAGUUGCUUGAAAUUGAUUGUGCAGUGCAAUGUGGAAUUAAUUCAGUGUUGUGUUUUCAAAUGUGUGCCAUUUUUAAAAUAAUAGCUUGCUUUGAUCCACCGUUCCUUCUGUGCGUUUUUAUGGCAUUUCAGACCAGUCAGUGGAAGCUAACAAGCUCUAAAGUGGAAUAUGUCAGAAAAUGUCAAGCGAAAAAAAGGGUUGAAGAAGGUAUGUAGCGUACAGUACCUCUCAUUUGUGCAAUUUUAUUAAUUUCUCCCUUUGUUCUUGUUGAAACACAUUUUGUGAAAAUACCAAAUAGUUGUGAUGGAGAUGUUUUCUGUUCUGCACGGUGCGCAGUUUGCAGCAUGAACGCAAGCUUUUGUGAUGUGAACACAAAGAUAAAAGUUAAUAAAAUCUUACCUGAUAUUUCCAUCUGAGGCGACGCUUGGUGCUGUCUCAAGGUAGCGUUCUUCUGCUCUUGCUGUUUGAUGGAUUGUUUUGUACUUUGUAUUGUUCUUUGUCUAU